AUGAUGAUCAACUAUGCUUAUGAUGAUAAAUAUUUAUGGCCGCCGGUGGGUUUUUGAAGAAAAUUAUUUCGAAACUAUCAAGUUGAAAAUAUAUCUUUAUAUAGGAUUCUAGAUAUAUAAGGUAUACCAGCCGGUUUAUAUCAUAUUUCAGUAUUUUUUUUCUUUUGUGUCUGAUACAAUUUUAUUUAUACUAAUUCUUUAUUAAAAAUCACGUACCUGUCUUGCUGAAGCGAUAAUUUUCUUCUGAGAAAUUUUUAUCGAAUCUUAAAGUGAAACGAUUUAGAAAGUCCUCUUCCACCUAUAAAAAAAUUCGAUUAUUGUAUAAAAAUCCAGAAAAAAACCUAUGAUCCGGACUUAUUUAACGGGCGUGGCAGAACUGGAUAUGCUCUAUUCCUAAAAAAACAUUGAAUAUCAUUUAUAAACAGGAAAAAGAUAAUAAGGAAGGUAAAAAUCAACUUUUUUUCAAAUAUUAAAACCAUCAGCGAACGCGUCGCUGUGUUUGCAGAAUCUCGACCUACAGUAGGCGAAAAAAAAAACUUUUUAAACGAUCCCUCACAUCUUCACCAUUAGCCAUCGAAAAGCUUCAAAAAAAAAAGGAUUCGAAAAAGUUGCAAAAAACUUUCAAGCAUCUCCCGCAUAAAAUUUUGAUAAUCAUUUUUUUCACUUGCAGCUCCAAAAUUGAGACCGACUAAUGUCUCGAAAAAAAAAAAUGGCAACGCCUCAUUAAAGACAAUAUUUUUUUCUCACAAAAAAACAAUAAUAGGAAAAAAAGAAGAAAAAAACUAGGACAAAGCAAACUUUUCCAUUUUUUUAAAUAGAAUUAUAAAGAAUAUAAAUUGAAUGUCUUUUAAAAGCAUCGGGGCAUUAAACAACGGGGUUUCAGAUGAAAGCCGUAUUUUUGAAAAUUACAUGGACAGAAAGCUUUUGUGACAAAAAAAACUUUGGUGACAACAGAAAAAAUUGAAAAUUGAAAGAAACGAAGAAAAAAGCGAAAAUCCGGAAGAUGGCGGAGCCUGUUGUCCAUAGAGCGACUUUACUGCAAAGCGCCCUUUUCGCGGGAACUCAAGCUUCCUUUCUCCGACUUUGAAUUAUUUUUUUUCCAAAACUAGGAAGUUCGGUACGUUUCCAAGUUCACCGUUCGAUUCGCAAUGAAAAGCUCUACAAAGUACUGCUUUAAACUGAAACACCGUUUUUACUGCCCCUAUGCCUUUGACUGUACAUAUCCGUUCCGUUUCAAGGACUUUUUUGACUUUCAUUUCCUUUUUCCAGGCGAUCCAGUUAGGAACAGCCAUUCUACAAGAUGCGACGAUGCCACUGAUCUGGGCGGCUUACAUUUGCUUCAUCCCGACGAUUCGUCACGGUUUCAUCGAAAUGUUCCGAUGCGCCGCCCGUCGUACCGUAAUCCCGGCUGUGAGAAUGGCUUGGCCUUCCGUGUCCACUUGA